AUGGCGACGCAAUCGCUGCUCAUGUCCCACCAGCAAAACCAGCAGAUGCAGCAUCAGCAACAACAACAACAACAUCAGCAGCAUCAUCCCCAAACUCCUGGAAUGACGGGAAGCCCCAAGUCGCGCAUGUCGCAGACGCCACUUCAACGGCCACCGUCAGGACUCGGCCCGCCUCAAGCUCCGCCUCAAGGCCCUCCCGUCGGCACCCCCAACAUGCACGCUGGCCCUCCCGGAGGACCCAACGUCAACCCUAAUGCCGCGCCUGGUCCCAUUCCUGCCACCACUCCCCUUGUUGUGCGACAAGACCAGAAUGGUGUGCAAUGGAUCGCGUUUGAGUACUCUCGCGACAGGGUCAAGAUGGAGUACACCAUCCGCUGCGAUGUCGAGUCUAUCAAUGUUGACGAGCUGCCGCAAGACUUCAAGACCGAGAACUGUGUAUACCCUCGCGCUUGCUGCGCCAAGGACCAAUACAAGGGCAACCGUCUCCACUACGAGACUGAAUGCAACACCGUCGGCUGGGCUCUAGCGCAGUUGAACCCUUGCCUGCGCGGAAAGCGUGGUCUCAUCCAGCGCGCUGUGGACAGCUGGAGGAACAGCAACCAAGACCCCCGACUAAGGAGCCGACGCGUGCGCAGAAUGGCCAAGAUGACCACAAGGAAAGCCCAAUCGGCUAACCAUGGUAACCACAUGGCUGGACCAGGUGGACCAGGUGCUCCUGGCGUUCCCAACUCUGCCGGAUUAGCAGCACCGCCCCGACAACCGAACAUGGGCAUGGGCGGCCCUCAGAUGCACCAUCACCAUGAUGGACCUGGAGGGCCCCACGGAGGACCAGAUGACGUUAGCGCCAAUGAAUACGGUGAAUCACACACUCACCAUCACCAAGCGCCAAACGGUCAAUCAUCAUCACCUACCGACGGGCGGCCCGCUCAGAGCUUCUACCCGAAUUACCCAUCGAGCGACUCCGUCGCAGGCUCCAGCGGCAUGCCGCCGAUCCACGACAGCCUGAGCCACCCUCCGCCUCCAUCGCACGCAGCGGGUGUGCCCGUUUCAAAGCAGCAAGAGCAAGACGAAGAAGAGCGAAAGCUAGCCAUGUUUGGCGACUUACCUGACUCGAAGCGCCGCAAAUUCAUCCUUGUAGAUGAUGCGCAACGAGGAACUAGGGUUCGCGUGCGAGUUACUCUCGACACGGUCAAGAUGGAGGAGAUGCCUGAUUCUUACCGCAAGUCCAACUCAGUAUUCCCUCGUAGCUACUUUGCCAUGCAAAUGACCUCUCCACCUGCCAGUCCUCGUGGCAGCAAGGUCUUUGCUGACGAGCCCGACGUCGAGAGCGACCCGAGCUUCCCUCUGGCUGGCUCUACUGUUGUGCCUGUUCCAACGCUGGAUGGCGAGACUCGUGUGCCGAAGCCGCGUCUUACUCGGGCGAAGCGGUCGAAGGAGAUUACGCUCAAUGAUCUUGGUUACCGCAUGAGCUGGAGCCAGAGUCGUGUUUUCGCAGGAAGGACAUUGUUUCUGCAAAAGUCUCUUGAUGCCUACCGUAACAAGAUGAGAAGUAGCAUGAUGGGCCAAGGUCAAGAUGUGACCCAAGUAGCCCCACAUUUCGAGACUCGUGUUGGAAAGAGGCGGUGGAACGAGAGAAUCGAGAAGAGCAAGAAGGCGAGGCGCGAUGGCUCUCCUUAA